GGGCCAGCCGUGCGGAUGGUCUGUCUCUCCCACUCUGAUGCUUGUUUUGUGUCUUGAGGGAGGGCGUUUUAUUUUUAAAUUUUUUUAACAUAUCCGCGCGACAGCCUGGUUUCUUUUCAGCUAGACUGCACUCGCGUUUCUCGGCGAAGUCAUGGCAGACCGCGGCGUGGAUUUGUCCGCCCUGCCAAAAGAGGUUAGAGACCAAUUGGCGGAGUUGGAUCUGGAGCUGUCUGAAGGUGACAUCACGCAGAAGGGCUAUGAGAAGAAGAAAGCCAAGCUGCUGGCCUCCUACAUCCAACAUUUGCCAAAUGUGGACCUGUCUCUGCCAGAUGUGCAGCUUUCCCCGGGCCACAGUGCUGACCCUAGCCCCAGUCCUGAGGCCCCGGGCCCCUCCACAUCUUCUGCCUCCAGACACCACCGUGCACAUCGCAGUGGAGGGGCCAGGGAUGAGCGCUACAGAUCAGACAUCCACACGGAGGCUGUGCAGGCAGCACUGGCCAAACACAAAGAAGAGAAGAUGGCACUGCCCAUGCCAACCAAGAGACGCUCAGCCUUUGUUCAGUCUCCCAUAGAUACCUGCACACCUCCAGACACAUCUUCUGCAUCAGAGGAUGAGGGCUCACUGCGCAGAAAGGCAGCUCUCAGUGCAGUGCUAGCCCAGAGCCUGCAGAGCCCAGAUUACUGGAUCAACCGCUCCGUCCAAAGCUCCUCCACUUCCUCGUCUGCUUCCUCCACCCUCUCCCAUGGAGAGCCCAAGACCCAGCCACAGCUCCAACCCGCUGCUUCCCUGUUGGCUGACGUACUGGCCCACACACGCAUAGAAAACAGCGUUCCCCCAGAUGUGACAUCCUCCACUCCCCAGGAGAGAGGGUCCAGGGUGGACCUGCCUCCGGCGGUCAGGGGUAUGAGCCGUGGACAGAGCCGCUCCAGCAUGCUGGACACAGCUGACGGAAAAAGAAAAGGCGUGCCAGUCAACAGCAGGGUGUCCACUAAGAUCCAGCAGCUGUUAAACACACUCAAACGGCCGAAGAGACCACCGCUCAGUGAAUUCUUCGUUGAUGACUCUGAGGAGAUCGUAGAAGUGCCCCAGCCGGACCCCAACACCCCAAAGCCAGAGGGACGUCAAAUCAUCCCGGUGAAGGGGGAGCCCCUCGGAGUGGUCAGCAACUGGCCUCCUGCUCUGCAGGCUGCUCUGGCCCGCUGGGGGGCCACCCAGGCCAAGAGCCCUGCCCUCACUGCUCUGGAUAUUACUGGCAAACCCCUCUACACACUCACAUAUGGCAAACUGUGGAGCCGCAGCCUGAAACUGGCGUAUACACUGCUGAAUAAACUGGGCACCAAGACAGAGCCCGUCCUACAAGCUGGAGAUCGGGUGGCGCUGGUGUAUCCAAACAGUGACCCUGGCAUGUUCUGGGUGGCUUUCUAUGGCUGCCUGUUAGCUGAGGUCAUCCCUGUGCCCAUUGAGGUACCGCUGUCACGACAGGAUGCAGGCAGCCAGCAGAUUGGCUUCCUGUUGGGCAGCUGUGGUGUUAGUCUGGCACUGACCAGUGAGGUGUGUCUCAAAGGGCUGCCCAAGACACCAAACGGAGAGAUCAUCCAGUUCAAAGGAUGGCCAAGGAUGAAAUGGGUAGUGACAGACACCAAGUACCUGACCAAACCAUCCAAAGACUGGCAGCCUCACAUCCCUACCGCCAACACAGACACCGCCUACAUAGAGUACAAAGCCAGUAAGGAGGGGACAGUGAUGGGAGUUGCUGUGUCCAAGAUCUCCAUGCUGACCCACUGUCAAGCCCUGACGCAGGCCUGUAACUACUGUGAAGGGGAGACGCUGGUCAAUGUGUUGGACUGCAAGAAGGAUAUGGGCAUGUGGCAUGGCGUCCUAACGAGUGUCAUGAACAGAAUCCACACCAUCACUGUGCCAUAUGCGGUCAUGAAAGCAUGUCCCAUGUCGUGGGUGCAGAGGGUCCACAUUCACAAAGCACGUGUGGCCUUGGUAAAGUGCCGUGACCUCCACUGGGCCAUGAUGGCCCACAAGGACCAGAGAGACACCAACCUGUCCUCCAUACGCAUGCUUAUUGUGGCUGAUGGAGCAAACCCAUGGUCUGUGUCGUCGUGUGAUGCCUUCCUGAAUGUGUUCCAGUCUCAUGGUCUGAAGCCUGAGGUGAUCUGUCCAUGUGCCACCUCUCCUGAGGCACUGACUGUGGCCAUACGCAGGCCUGGUGCACGAGGAGCUCCACUACCAGCCCGGGCCAUCCUGUCCAUGGCUGGCCUGAGCCACGGCGUGAUCAGGGUGAACACAGAGGACAAGAACUCUGCUCUCACUGUUCAGGAUGUGGGCCACAUCAUGCCUGGAGCUCUGAUGUGCAUUGUUAAACCAGACGGGCCUCCUCAGCUGUGCAAGACAGAUGAAAUAGGAGAGAUUGUGAUCAACUCUCGGGCUGGAGGCACCAUGUACUAUGGCCUGCCUGGUGUCACCAAGAACACAUUCGAGGUGAUCCCCGUCAACCAAGCCGGAGCACCCAUAGGAGAAAUUCCCUUCAGUCGGACAGGUCUGCUUGGAUUUGUAGGACCGGGCAGUCUGGUGUUUGUUGUGGGGAAGAUCGAGGGGCUGCUGAUGGUGAGCGGGCGCCGCCACAACGCCGACGACCUGGUGGCCACCGCGCUAGCUGUGGAGCCUGUCAAAACAGUUUACAGGGGGAGGAUUGCUGUGUUCUCGGUGACAGUGUUUUAUGAUGAGAGGAUAGUGAUUGUGGCAGAGCAGAGGCCUGACGCCAGUGAGGAGGACAGCUUCCAGUGGAUGAGUCGAGUUCUGCAGGCCAUCGACAGUAUCCACCAGGUUGGCCUGUACUGCCUUGCGCUCGUCCCAGCCAACACCCUCCCAAAGACGCCCCUUGGAGGCAUCCACAUCUGUGAAACCAAGCAGAACUUUCUGGAGGGCAACCUGCACCCCUGUAAUAUCCUCAUGUGCCCACACACCUGUGUUACCAACCUGCCCAAACCCCGGCAGAAACAGCCAGUGGAUGUCGGUCCUGCUUCUAUGCUGGUUGGCAACUUGGUGGCAGGGAAACGGAUCGCCCAGGCUACAGGCAGAGAGCUGGGUGUGGUGGAGGACCAGGAUCUGAUCCGCAAGCACCAGUUCUUGUCUGAAGCUCUGCAAUGGAGAGCUCAAACCGACCCAGACCAUGUCCUGUAUGUGCUGCUCAAUGCCAAGGGGGUGGCAGUGUGCACAGCCACCUGUGCUCAGCUGCACAAGAGAGCAGAGAAAAUCACAGCCACCUUGAUGGAGAGAGGAGGCCUCAACACAGGAGACAAUGUGGUGCUGCUUUAUCCGCCAGGUAUUGACCUGAUAGCUGCCUUCUACGGCUGCCUCUAUGCGGGGGUCAUCCCUGUGACGGUGAGGCCGCCCCACCCACAGAACCUGGCUGCUACUCUCCCCACUGUCCGCAUGAUCAUCGAUGUGAGCAAAGCAGCCUGCAUCCUCACCACUCAGCCCCUCAUGAGGAUCCUCAGGUCCAGGGAGGCAGCUGCCAGCGUCAACGUGAAGACCUGGCCGACUAUCAUCGAUACAGAUGAUCUCCCCAGAAAGCGGCCUCCGCACAUUUAUAAGCCCCCUACCGCUGAGAUGCUGGCCUACCUGGACUUCAGCGUGUCCACCACAGGCAUGUUGACUGGAGUCAAGAUGUCUCAUGCUGCAGUCAGUACUCUGUGCCGCUCCAUUAAGCUGCAGUGUGAGCUCUACUCCUCUCGCCAAAUAGCCAUCUGCCUAGACCCGUACUGUGGCCUGGGCUUCGUCCUGUGGUGCCUCUCCAGUGUUUACUCAGGUCACCAGUCCAUCCUCAUCCCUCCCCUGGAGCUGGAGAGCUCGCUGCCUCUGUGGCUGAGCACGCUCAGUCAGUACAAGAUCAGAGACACCUUCUGCUCCUACUCUGUCAUGGAGCUCUGCACCAAGGGCCUGGGCACCCAGACAGAGAUGCUGAAGGCGCGGGGUCUGAACCUGUCGUGCGUGCGGAGCUGCGUGGUGAUAGCAGAGGAGCGUCCUCGCCUCGCUCUCACGCAGUCCUUCUCCAAGCUCUUCAAAGAUCUCGGCCUGUCAUCGCGCGCCGUCAGCACCGCCUUUGGCUCCAGGGUCAACCUGGCCAUCUGCCUGCAGGGCACCGCUGGGCCAGACCCCUCCACCGUCUACGUCGACAUGAAGUCUCUGCGCCACGACAGAGUGAGGCUGGUGGAACGAGGAGCACCACAGAGUCUUCCACUCAUGGAGUCGGGCACCAUCCUUCCAGGGGUGAGGGUCAUCAUAGUCAACCCAGAGACCAGAGGCCCACUGGGAGAUUCGCAUCUUGGGGAGAUCUGGGUAAGCAGCCCUCACAGUGCCAGUGGCUACUACACCAUCUACGGGGAGGAGAGUCUGCAGGCGGAUCAUUUCAACACCAGGCUCAGCUUUGGGGAGCCCCAUACUCUGUGGGCCAGAACGGGCUACCUGGGCUUCAUCAAGAGGACUGAGCUGCUGGAUGCAAGCGGAGAUCGUCAUGAUGCCUUGUUUGUGGUCGGCUCCCUCGAUGAAACGUUGGAGUUGAGGGGCUUACGCUAUCACCCCAUCGACAUCGAGACAUCUGUAUCCCGAGCCCACCGCAGUAUUGCAGAAAGUGCCGUGUUCACAUGGACCAACCUGCUGGUGGUGGUGGCGGAGCUGAGCGGCUCGGAGCAAGAGGCCUUGGACCUGGUUCCCCUCGUCACCAACGUGGUCCUAGAGGAGCACCACCUCAUCGUCGGGGUGGUGGUCAUCGUGGACCCUGGGGUGAUUCCCAUCAACUCCAGGGGAGAGAAGCAGAGGAUGCACCUGCGGGACUCCUUCCUGGCCGACCAACUGGACCCCAUCUAUGUGGCCUACAACAUGUAAUCGCCCGUCGCCAGCUGAUGAAAAUGCAGAAAACUGAGCCAGGCUCUGACAUGAGGGAGAAGGAAUGUGGGGUGCGUUCAGUAGCAACCCCAAGGCUAAGCCUCAGACGCUCAUUCAAAACACCAAACAGCGUGGGAAAGCGAGUACUGCAAUGAGAACGUGCUUCCCUCUUCUUUGCUUCCACCUGCUCAAUCGCUGCAGUCCAGGUUCACUUAAAAUUUCGACUGAGGGGGAAGGAUAUUUUCUCUCCUCAUGAAAGUAGAUCCAUCCGUCAGCUGGAGGAAAUCCGCUCUUCAUCCUCUCCAUGCAUCCCACUUCUCCCCCAUUGCUCCAAUUCAUGUUUUUUAAAGACAUUUUAGUGACGUACUUUAAUCAAAGAAAGAAACCCUCCCCUCCUUCCAUUCCUUGGUUUUUAUCCUGAACAUUCAUCCUCGUGUGCUUGUUUUCCUUCUUUUUUUUUUUUUUUUUUAUUUAACCCCCUCCAUUCUUGAAGGCAGGAUGGCGCACUGGAACUGCUUAGAGGAGCUGGAACUUUCCCCUCUUGCACUUUAAGUCCUCGCACCUCUGAGUCCACUUCCUGUCUCGCCUGCCUCAAGGGGACACCCCCCCCCCCCUCCCUGUGUUUGCUGCUUUCACAAGAGCAAAUCCACAUCAGUAUUAAAAAAGUGCCACCAGCAAGUGCAGCCCACAGGGCCAGUCCUGACAUGUUACCCUCCUACCAGGUGCACCGUGGCUUCCACCUCCCGUCACAUUCUGUAAGUUUGCCAGCAGACGUGCGGUCGGCGCUCACACGUUACAAAAUGUCACUUGAAUUCUUUGUUGGUGUGGGAAAAGAAAGACUUGCUUCAUAAUCACACAAACCUGGAUAUUAAAGAUGACGAUUUCGGUGUGAGUAGGAGUCGGUCCGUUAGAUAGUUCUUAAGAUCGUUAAGUACUAAUCGUUUUUUAUCAAAGCACCGAUUUUCAGAAGCUGAAAGUUGAGUUGAAGCUGUGCCUGGUGUUUAGGUGUGCAUGCUAAUUUGGAGUGCCGUCAAUGUCAACAUGCAAAAAAAAAAAACAAGGAAAAAAAAAAACACUGUAACAAGCCAAGGAGUCACACAGCCGUGGAUCAGUUAGUUCAGCAGUGCGAAUGCUGAGUAUUUAGGUGGAGCUCAGCCCCAGUUUGUGCCUCUCAUGAGUUCAUGUUACAUUCAAGUCACAGUGCUGAAAGACUCUUAUUCUAACCAUUUGAAUGUCAAAAUACUCUGUCUACUGUGUGAUUUAAGAAAAAGUUCUGAUUGUAGUUUCUAAUCCAGUUACCCGGAAAUGACAGAUGGCGUUGAUUUAUUUUUUUGUUUAACUUUGUUAAACUGCACCAGAAAGAACAUUUUCUUCAUCACAUGGUUACAAGAGUCUUUGAGGAUUCUGUUGUUAGAGGACCUUCUGGUUUUUCUAAAGAUCACCAGGUUGUUAUUUUUCAUGAUGGUCAGUACUGUGAGUUGACUGUAACAGCACUAACAGGGAGAGGCACAGCUGACUGAUUUAAGCUUGACAUGAGUUGAAAAAAAAAAACCUCAACCUAAGGUCCCUUGUUCCAGAGCUUUCCUGCAUAUCACUCAGUCUUCAUUAGCAGAUAGAGUUUGCUCAGUUGUCACAGACUCCUCAGAAAAGUGCCCUGAACAGAGGAAGGAUUUGAGUGCAGUUCAUGAUGAGCAAACCGUCUGCUGGUGAUGACCAUGCCGUACAACUGAAAGCUCCAGAACCAGCCAGUAAGUGGACUUUGAGCUGAGAUUUUUUUGUGCAGAGUUUAUCAGGAUAAAAGUCACUUUUUUCCUGGCUUGAACUGAAGUGAGCCGCUAGCUUUCAGCCUGUGUGUAGUUUCCCUUGUUAAAGCAAAGAGCAUCUUUCAUUUAAUGCACCGUCGAUUAGAUAAACGUAGAUCAUCAGAAGGCAAGUCAGUGCCUUUUUACUGCACCGUUGUGACAUUUCCGAUCAUGGACUGUUGAAUUUCUACAACAACAAAAAAAAUCAAGAAUGAGGACAAAACUUUGCCUUACUAAACCUGUGGAACUUCAGUACUUUUUACGCUUAAUCCCUCAUUUCUAGCUGUAUUAUUACUGUAUUUAAAGAACUUUUCCACCAUUUUUCACUCGUGGAAUCAGAUGCCGGUUUGUAACUCGCAACAAACUCAUAUCACAUUUUUUAGGAGGGGGAAGGGCAGUCUCGUUCUUUUGCGAAGACGUUUGCAGUCACGCCUUUCUCAUUUCACCAUUACCAUUUAAACCAAUUCUUUCUGAAUGUCUGUAACACUGAAAAAAAUAUUAGGAAUGAACAACAAUCAGUAACCAACCCGCGAUUUAAAAAUGGCAGAAUCCUCCCUGUUUAAGAGGCUGGAGGUAAUAAAUGAGGGUAAGGAUGUUGUCUGUAUACUGUAUUUUAGAGGUCAAAUACUGUAUUACUGGUGUUAACGUGUACAUGGAUAUGAACUAUGUCGAUAAAAACUUGACUGAUCUUUCAUACUUGACAGCAUUUUUCUGCAUUGUUAAUUUAUCACAUUGCAAAAGAGAAAGGUUUCAGAUUAUUUUGGCAGGAACAAUGUGCACUUUCCCAAUAUCAUUUUACGUGCGUGUGUGUAUGUGUGUCCACGAGGGUGUGUGUGUGUGAGUGUGUCCAGUUUAACAGUGAUAUUUGGCUUUUCUGGUGCAACAAGGUUUGUCUUUUGUAAGAAAAUUAUCCCAGAAUAUUGAACUUUUUUUUAAUUCUUGUUUUUUUUAAAUGUCGCCUCCACUGUAUUUUAACCCUUUCCAUUCAAAAUUGGAAUCAAAUAUAUUUUAUAGGGGUUUCAUCAAUAUUUUCCUGAUGUAAUCUUUUCUUUAAAACUGCACAACUUCUGCAAACAGCUGGUUUGAUUUGGAAGCGGCUUGACAUACUGUACAGUGCAACGCACCAUAAACCACUUUUCAUUCAGUGACGGACACUGAGGAUAUGUAUGCGAGCCAGUAUCUGGGUUAGAGUUACUUGUGAAUAACAAAGUGAAGCUUCUGAGCUACUGUGUGAUAAUUGCUUUGUUGCUACUGUUUCACUCCGACAAAUUUUAAUAAAGUUUUAUAAUUUCAUGUUGGCCUUCAAGCCUUUUCAGUAGACAUUGGUGCUAUUAAAUAAGGGAAAGUUUGACAGACUUUUGUCCUCCAAUGUCAUAACAAAGGUGGUUUCUUCCUGGAUGCCCUCAUUGUGUGAAAAUAAGUCAUUCUUUUUCCAUGCCAACAUUUUCAAAGAUUUCACUCACUGCUCGGUUCUAGAACUGUUCAUCAUCACCAGGUUUCAUCAGCUCUGAUGAAAACCUCAACAGGUAACUCAACAUGGACAACUUGACAUAUCCACCAUUUCCAUUUUAAUAUUUAUUUCAGAUCAUGUUGUCGUGUUGUGAGGAAUGGCGUGCGUUUCAAACCUCCAAAGUUGUUCUAAGCACAAAAUGUACAUGUGAGGAAAUGAAAUUAGGAUCUUUCACACAAAACAACUCAAGGGCCCACAAUGUAUACCUCAAUGACUGUCUGUUCACUAUGCAUUGUCGAGCUGCAGCAAAGACAUUCUGAAUUAGUCAAUGGUGCGAUAACUUCUAACAACAUGUCUUACUUGACAAAAACACUGUCACACUGUCAUUGGAUGUGUUUCAUGUCAAAUAAAAAAAAAUCCUU